CCCGAGGAGCCCCGACAACAUAUAUGACGCGUUCACAGCUAUUCGACUUCGGGAAGCCCCGGAAGGAAGUAAACAAACGAAAAAGUCGAGCAUGAAGCUCCGUUUGUUUGCCACGUUGUCGGCCGUACAGGUGUCCUGGGUGAAGCAAACCGGGGUGAAGAAGCAAUAGGAGAACCAGCAUGCUCUCGACGUGCCUGCUGACGGGUAUGAGGCGGGAAUGAAUGAGCUGGAAAGGCAAAGAACUGUCACCGGGCGGUGUGUUCUCUACUGACUCCAGAUUUCGUUGAUGGCUUCGCUGAGACAGAGGCCGCCGACUGAGUGACAAGCUGCGCCAGCAAUAUGGAAGGGAGACGGAUUUGCAAAUGGCCGUGUGUGUGUAAUUUGUGGAUGCAGUGGUGUGAGUCAAGGUGAUAUGGCCCACUCGUCCUCUGCCGCAUCGCAAGCACCUCCUGCUGCUGUGCCGCCCGGCUGCUUGGGGGCGGAUGACGUCGACAUCAUCUUUGAUGAGGGCGUCAGUCCUCUGAGUCGGCAGCUGCUGGAGGGCAUCAUUCGGCGCACCUUCACUGAGAAAGCCCAAGUCACACGGCUGAUCCGUGAAGGUGCUGACCCGAGAGCCAGCGGCGUCGCUCGUGUCCGCGGCACCAUGGGAGGAGCCCCGUUCCCGUUCUCGCGAUACAGCUGCCUGUCUUUCGCCAUCGACAGCCCAUCAAACUACCCAUUCCUCUACGCCGGGUUCGGCAUCCGGCACUGCCCCCCUUAUAAGUGGAUGCCCGUUCUCUUCCCGCAGUGGCCCUCCCGUCAGCUGCAGCGCGAUAUCAUGGACGCACUCAUCGAUGGCGGGGCCGACAUCAAUGCGGGGGGGGAUGACAGGCCCAUCAUGGUGGCGAUUCGUGCGGGCAAUAUGACGGCAGUGGAGGCCCUCCUGGCGCGUCAGGCCAACGUGCGGGGAAUUUGGGGCCCGGUGAUGCAGCUUCCCUACUUCGGUGGUGCUGCCCCUUCCGCCACUCGUGAAUACGAGGACGCCCUCAUGUCAAUCUAUGGCCGGCUCCUCCAACACGACAGCACACUCGCAGCGGAGCGGUCCGGUGGAGACAGUCUGGUGGGUGAGGCAGCCGUGGCCCCCUCCAUCUUCUCCCAGCAAUUCAUCGACCAGUACCUCACCCUCAUUACCAGCCACGGAGUCGAUAUGACGGCAAGAGACCCAGUGGGCUACACGCCACUGCACUUGGAAGCAUUCCGUGGCUCCCCCUUCUUGGCUGAGUGGCUGUGCCGCCGGAUCACAGCCGAUGACGUCAACCGAGGAAGGCCCCCCCAGCCUCAUCGGACACCCCUCGCCGCCGCUGCCAUUGCUCUCGAUCAUCUCAUCGAAGAGCAGCAGCAACAGGGAGAGUAUCGCUCGAGACGGAUCGGCGAGCACAAGACCAUCACCCGGACGCUGUUGAGGGGUGGGGCAGCCCAGUCCAUCGCCCGCAUGCCAACAGCCAGAGAGGUCGACCGCCGUCGCCGUCAGCUGGUGCUCACCGAGUACGCCACAGUGCUGAGUGAGCUGUCCGAGGCCGUCAUGUCGGCCAUCAACGCCGCCCUCGCCCCCCAGCGCGACCACUCGAUGCUUCUGGCCCGUCUGCUGCCCCUGGCCCCCCACCACGACGGCGCCCACCCCCACCCCUCCCCAUCCAACAUGGCAUUCGGACCACACGAGGCAGAGGCCAUCGCAUGGAAGAUCGGCGCAUUCCUGCACGACCCUUCCGCUGCUGUGGCCGCCAUCGACGAGUACCUCAUCGGCGACGCCCAGCUGAGGCGCCGCGUUCGUGCGGCCGUCGGCCACUUCGUCAAGACUGCAGCGACCCGGACGAGCAGCAACAGGGAGGUGGUGGGAGGCAUGGCCAGUGUGGGCGGCGUGAUGGUGCGUGUGCCGUUGCAGUGCUUUGCCGUCCGUGGCAGUGGCGGCCGUGUGGUGGGCAUGACGGGGGUGCGUGAGGUUAUCCAUCGGGCCCGGCUGGACGAGGCGGUCAGCUGCGGUGUAGUGGGGGUGGUCAAGGGCUUCAACGAGCAUCUGGGCGAUCAUGACUGCCAAUUCGCGUGCCGGCAGCUGGGGCGCAUCGACAGGAAGACCGGCCUGUUUGUGGCGCUGGGCAUCGACUGACUGAGAGGGGAGGGAGAGGGCCGCAGAGUGGGGGUGAAGUGGCUGCAUGUUUGGGUGCUUUGUGUUGCAGUUCAAGGGCGGUGGGUGUCGCCGCGCUUCGCAUGUGCAUUCAGACAACCGUGACUUGAUUCAUUCAAAGACCUGUGUUUCGUUUGUGUGGCCUGCGAGACAUUGAGUGUGUGUCUCGUGCCAGCCAAGCGGCGAGCACUCUGGCAGUGCGGCGUUGGUUGCUUGAGGCCACGUUGAGCCCUGCUAAUGAUCGACCCACCUUCGUUUGAUCCACACUGACGGGCAGUGAAUUACGACCUUCACUGGACAGCUGGAUUGACUGACUCCAUUCU